AUGCCCUCUGUCCUCAGCGACCAUGACAAGGAGACCGUCAAGCGACUAGUACCCAAAGCCUCGAACAAGAUCCAAGCAGUAGCUGUUGCUCGUCUAUACGUAGUCCCGCCUGGUCAGAACAGAUGGAAGUAUACAGGUCUGCAGGGAGCUGCUGUGCUCUCCAACGAUCUUGUUGGGAACACUUUCUGGAUCAAACUCCUCGACAUCUCGCCUGCUAACCGUGGUGUGAUAUGGGAUCAGGAGGUCUACGACAGUUUUCAAUACAACCAGGAUCGAACCUUUUUCCACUCCUUCGAGCUCGAGCAAUGUAUAGCAGCGCUUUCCUUUGUCGAUGAGAAAGAGGCGAAGCAGUUCAAGAAAAAGAUGGAUGAGAGGGAGAAGAAUGCUAGCAAAGCAACCAAAUCAACACCAUUCGGCUCGGGAGCAGGUGGUGCGCAGGUCGCUCACGUCAAUGGUGGUGGUCACAAGGGCCAUAGUAGGCUCGGAGGACUGUUUGGAAGAGGUAGAAACAACUCAAAUCCUCCUCCACCUCAGCAACCACAGAUGGCUGCUCCACAACCCAUCUACAGCUCUGUGCCAACCGGAGUGGGAGGAAGCAGACCGCAAAGUAGUGGAGGGAUAGAUCUCACAGACCCAUCAUGGAGACCAAUACUGGACGAAUUGUUGCAAAUGGGCAUUACUGAAGAUCAGAUUGCACAGAACGCGGACUUUAUCAAAUCAUAUGUUGAACAAAAACAAGCUCAAGAAAUGGCUAAUGGUAUUGCAUCAGCCUUACCAGCCCGGCAGAACUCAGGCAGAGCACCACCUCCGCCUCCUCCACCUGCAGGGCCAGCUGCUCCUAGAUUGAGUCCAGAUAACACAGGCACCACAACAUCCAGCCGCAGAGGACCACCACCUGCACCUCCACCAUCGCGAAGACCUGUUGGUCGAGCUUCAUCACCACCAAGAGAGCCUUCUCCCGUACCAGCACGUACACCGUCACCUCCUUCUACACCACAACCCAAAUUCAGGGCACCUCCACCACUGGCCGAUGCUGGAAAGUUCGCUGUCAAGGAUGCCUCACCUUUACAAUCUGCUGGUCGAUCUAGGGCAUCUUCAGGUGCGGCUCUCGCUAAUCCCGGUCCGCCUCCGCCACCACGCCCACCAAAAGAAGCAGAUGACGAAAUACCUGGUCAGGCUUUCAAAGUACCACCUCCAUUUACAGGUCAACGACAGCCCAAUGCACCUCCUCCACCAAGUCGUGGCCCUGUUCCACCUCCACCACCUUCAAGAGGUUCUGGACCUCCACCUCCUGCAUCACGUACUAAUGCAGCACCAAUUCCACCUCCUAUGCCUGCAACCUCGCGACCACUUCCACCACCUUCAUCGUCAGGUAGUGCUCCUCCACUUCCGCCACCCAUGCCUCACAUGAAUAAUGCACCGCCUCCACCACCUCUCCCACCCAUGGGAUCAGGAGCUCCACCACCUCCUCCGCUGCCACCAAUGGGCGCUGGCGGGCCACCGCCACCACCUUUACCUCCUGGCGGCAACGCUCCGCCAUUACCUCAAGCUGGCGGGGGUGGACGAGACGAUUUACUGGCCGCUAUUCGAGGUGGAGGAACUGGUGGUCUCAGGAAAGUGAAGAACACCGAGAAACGUGAUAGAUCAGCUGCUCAGGUUCCUGGUGGUGAGACAGGUUCCUCUGCACCUGAUGGUGCGCCACCAACUCCAGCUGGUGACGCUGGUGGACUUGCUGGGGCAUUGCAAGCUGCACUUGCUAAACGAAAGACCAAAGUUAGUGGCUCUGAUGACGAGAAGGAUGACGACGACGAUUGGUGA